GAGAUGUUAUUGAUGUGUUGUCAAACAAGGAGAAGGAAAAACAUAACAAAACAAACUAGUACGGAGUAAUUCGAAGGAGAUAAAUUAGUUCUUGUUAAUACACAAAUUAAUAGUUUUGUAGUGAUUCGAAUAUCAAAAGCUGGUGGAAGUUUAUGCGGUUUAGUUCGCUUUAUUUAUUGAAUUCACAUAGACGUUGUGGUAGCUAGUGGAUGCGUUUUCGAUCUGAAAAUUAGUACCAGUAGUCAAAACUGUUCGACUUGUGCUGCAAUAUAACGUCGAGGGUGCUGAAAAAGUGCAUAAAACAUCGGUUAGAACAUCGCGCGAGCAGGAAUAAACUAUUUCUUGUUAGCACUGACGACGGUUAUCCACAGCAAGUUUGUCGGAUGUGUUACGGCCAGAUCCUGAUGAGUUACGAGUUGAAGCGCGCAAGUGUGGAAUCUCAGACAUGCUUUCUACAACUGUUCCCACUUAUAACGGUAGCACAAGCCGGCGAAGACCUACCUUCGGUAGAUUAUGAACUGAGAUCAAUUGACCAGGCAGUCAAAGUGGAACCGGAAGACGUUCCAAUAGUAACGACAGAAUUUCAGGAACCUCUCGAACAUCAAGACCAGAACACUCUAGAAGCAAAUGAAACGAGAAUCGAAGAGAUUGUUCAAGCAACUACAUUGGACACAAAUGAUGCCUCAACGAUAACGGAAACGAGAGAAUCCGAUGUCGAAGAAACGUUUGAGUACGAUCAUCUAGCUUCAUUCCUUCACCAUGAGCAGUGGAAACUCAGGACUUAUACAUGCAAAUACUGUGCCUAUCACACGUUCGAAAGAAAGGAUUACAUAGACCAUUAUAGCGUACAUCCUGAAGCCCUUCUUUGCCCGUGUGGAUUUGUAUCCAACCGACGGUGGUCUUUGAGGCGACAUCUGGGUAAAUCUCGUUGCGAAGAAAAGUAUGGGAAGCAAAUUAAUAUUAAACCGCCAAAGUCGCGAAAGGAUAAGAAUGUUGCACAUACAUCAGAUACUCAAUCCAAAUCAACUGCAGAAGCAAUGAGUUCAACAUCAGAGAAUCCACUUGUCGAUGAAGUUCCCGUAAACGAAGGGGAGUAUUCUAAGUCUCAAAAUAGUAUUACUACGCUAGCAAGUCCAGAUGGAUCUGUAACUGAUAAGGAAGAUCCACCGAUCGAUGAUUCGUAUUUAACUAUUGAGUCUGUUAAAGUAGAACCGGAGGAGAUAAUAUCCGUCAAACAAUGCCGUUCAAACCCCUCCGACAAUAGUGGACAGAAGAGAAAAAAAUACAUCUGUACACACUGUCCUUUCUCAACGUAUCAGCGAACGAGGUACUUGUAUCAUUUGAAGAUCCACCAGAGGCUCCUACGCUGUGUUUGUGGCUAUUCAACCGACAGGCGGUUUUCCCUACGACGGCACCAAGCUAACCGACGCUGCGAAAAGGUCGACGAGCCUGCACUGAAGGAGAGGCGCCGCGAUAAAAUACGCGAGCAUCGAAAGGUAAAUGCGCGUUCCUACUUGACCCCCAAAACAACGCACCAAAAGGCUCUGCGCUGUGUUUGCGGUUUUGAGACCAAACGAAAAUACAACCUCCAAAGGCAUCUAGCAAUCUAUUCCUGCGAGGAAACCUACGGAGAGAAGGUUAUUUGGCCAUCUAAACAGGAAAGGUUGAGUGAUAAAAAUGAACCAAACGACGCAACAACUGAUUCAUCUUCAGUGAUUAUCGACGAGAUGUGUUCAACGACUGAGGCCGUAUUAUCCGAAAAUACGCAACCAGAACUUUCGGAACACCAGGAGGAAAAAGUAGAUUUGGAGAAUGUCUAAGCGGGUGCAGACGUGAGCGGUAAGUUUCUAGUCCAUCGAAAAGGUAUCUUUGUAAACUGAACCUGUGCCACCGUGGUUAGGUAUAGUAGACAAUAAAGCCCUUUUUUCUCCUUGGAAAUCUA